AACUUGCUGACAAAAUUGAAAUCAACAAAAUAAAUUAUUUUCCAAUUAAACUAAGCUUGUGUACAUGGACUUGGUUUUGAUUCGCAAAGAAGGUUAAUAAUAGUCUGGACCAGUUCGGAAUAAUUAUGUGUCUGUACGAGCCAUGUGCUUUUCACAACAAUGUCCGAAGCAAUUGAUAUAGAUACUGACAAUAUCUGCACGACAGAAGACGCAUUUGAACAAUUCCAAUCGGUAUCCAUGUAUGAAGAAAAUGAAUUUAUUACUCUGUCUGAUAUCGUCGCACCUCCACCUCCCAACCCUGAUAUUAGUGAGAUUCUGCACGAAAUACCCACUGAAGACGUAAGUCCACUUCUCUUAGUAGAAGAGCCUUUAAAUCAAGUUACAUCCACAACUGGACAAAAUGUGCAAGAAACCACGCCGAAAAAGAGGGGAAGGAAAAAGAAAAUAAACGUAGAAGCAAGUGCUUCAAGAGAAUCAGCCGAAUGUACAGCAUUAACUGACAGUGAACACAGUAAAAACAAUGUAACAUCCCAAGGUUUGGAACUUGAGAAUAAUGCAUCAAAUACAGUGCAGACUUUACCUGAAACACCUAUUGAUACCACCCCAUUAGUCCAACCUCUUAAAAGGUCUAAAAGACAAUAUAAUAGACAAGCCACAAAAAAACAAGCUAUUCAACAAAAAAAAAUAAAAAAAAGAGGUAGAAAACCAAAAAAUAUUAAAGUUCCUACACCCUCAACUAACAAUGAAAAUUAUAACGUAACUGAUAUUGUGAAUAAUAGCAGUAAUAUUAAAGAGCCAAUGGAAAAAAAACAACUAAAUACUAGUAAAAGGGGAAGAAGAAAGAAAAAAAUACCAUCAGAAUUAAACGAGUCUUCAAAUGAAAUUAUAAUUGAGCCUGAAAUCAAUUCUGAUUUAGCCUCACCCGCUGAUCAAGCUAGAUUGCCCAAUGAAAAUGUAGAAAAAGAACCAAAAAAGGGUAAAAGAGUUAAAAAGAAUGAUAUAAAACAACAGAGUUUUGAUGAAAUAGUUGUUGAAAAACAAAAAAGUGAUAACCAAGAACUAGUGUCAAAUGAACUUACAGAUGAUGACAUAGAAGAUGUGCCCUUAAUGGUAUUAAGUAAUAAAAUGGUAUUAAGUAAUAACGUUGAAAAAACUGACUCAACCAAUUUUGAUUUGGGUACUGAAAAUGAUUUGUUAAAAGAGAUAACCCCUCCAAUUGAAACAAAUGAUGAUAUCAUUCUAGUCCAAAGAACUCCAAGAAAACGUGGUAGACCUAAAAAAGUUGAUUCUAAUAAUUCCAUUCAUAUUAAAUCAUCAGAGGAUGAAAAUGAUAUAACUGCUACCAACAGUAUUGUUAAAAGUCACACCGAUGUGCCAGGAUUAAAUAAUUCAAAAGAUUGCACUAAUGAAACAGUAGCCAAAAAGAACUACAUUGAAUGUACUGAAAACAUUGAUGAUGAUGAUGAUGUAAUAAAGAAAGAAAGUACACAAAGUGACUUUUAUAACAAACGAAACUCAAAAAAACCUAAUAUGUCUGACUUUGAAUAUAACAUAGACAGUAUUAUCAAAAAUGAUCAUCCAGAAGACAAUGUUCAUCAACAGUUUAGUGAUCAUAGUGACACUAAAACAGGGGAAUCCUCAAAAAGACCUAUACGUCGGAAAGUGAAAAAGAAUUUGCACUAUGAUGAAGGAUCAGAUGAGGACCCUUACGCUAACAUUGAGUUGUCUGAUGAUGAACCACGAAGAAGAAAGGGUGGUAGGUAUCAUUCUGAUGAUGAAUAUAUACCAGGUAGCAAACGUCAGCUGUCUGAUCUGUCUGAUAGCGAUAUUGAUAUUGAUGAGGAAGUGGAAGAUGAGGAGGAUUUACUAAAUGACUCUACAAAACAAAAGAGUAGAAAAUAUAAAAGGUCUGAAACAGGAUUGAUUAAAAGUCCAAGAAAAAAAGCCAAGAAGGGAGAUAAAAGUAAACCUAAUAAUCUAGAUGUGUUCACUCAAAAACCUACCAUAGAAGAUGGCAAUGGUGAUCUUGAGGAUUUAUUAGAAACAUCAAUUAUCAAGACAAGUGAUGAUACUCCUAAAGCUUGGGGUACAACCAAAGAGUUUAAAGAUUUUCUUGAUAAAAUUUCUCAAGGAACAGAUAUUAAAAUUAAAAAAGCAAAGUCAAUGGAUAAUUCUAAAACUCUGCUUCAAAUACCAGUAUUGGACCAAAAUGAAGCAAAGAAAACUGCAGAAAUGUGUGCGCAGACAGAUACCAUUAAAACAAAAUCUAUUUCAGUACAGACCAGCAGUGUUUAUGAAGUGCCAAUGAAAAAUCAAGUUUCAUUGACUGCUCACCAGUCAGAUAAAGCAUGUGAGUUCUUAUCAGGCAUUGUAAAAACAACAGCUGAAUUAGGUCAGCUAAUGACUCAGAAGUCUGAGGACUUUAUAGAAAAGAAAAUUAAUACAACAUAUGUAACAGAUACAAUAAAAAUGGAUUAUUGUGUAAAAAAAUCGUUUUUGUUAUUUAGGCUUGCCAAACAUAAUUUAGUUCAAAUGGAAGAAGACCUAGCUAAACAAUAUCAAGAAUUUUUGCAGGAAAACAAUUUAAUUCAGCACAGAGAAGAACAAAAAAUUAUUGAAUCUACUUCUAAAGCAGCAAACAGUGAUAGUGAUUGUGAAAUUGUUGAAGAACCGGUACUCAAAGAUAAGGAAGUUAAGUCAGUGUUUAAUCCCAAAACUGUAUUCUUAAAUAAAGAGUUGUCCAUCAAAAUAGCUAAAAAACACAGCGAGGAACCAAAACCUAAAGAAAAGUUAAAUAUAAAAGGGCGACACACAGUUUGGAUUAAUGAUUCCAUUAUGGUUAAAAAAGUGAAACCCACUCAGUCUUUUUUAGCCCAGGACAGCCGAAAUAAAAAACCACCUGAUACUUAUAUUACAUUAGAGAUGGUAAGUGAUUUUUUCAAAAUAUAUAAUCGGCAAAAGGCAAUAUCAAUAUGUGCACAGUUUGUGAGACCUGAGUGGUGUAACUUAAAGCAAAAUUAUAGUUGUUGCUACUUUUAUGAUAAAACUUGCGAGUCUUCUGAAAAUUCUACCCAAUUUGAUAACACAGAGGAAUUAACAACUGAAGUACCUAUUACUGAAAAUAAUUUACAAAAUCUAAAUGAUAUAAAGUGUUUGAAUAGAAUAUGCCCUAAUUCGUUGUUGACACUUUGUACUAAAGUUAUACAGAAAAUGAUGUCAGCUGAAGAUAUUGCAACUAAAAACAUAUAUUAUUUGACAGAAAAUAUUGAACCAAGUAUGAUUAAUCCUUGCAACUUACAAAAUACCUGUAAUGAUGGAACAAAAGAUGUUAAACAUUUCAGAAUCUCCAAUAAUGAUCAUAAAAAUCAGCUAUCAGCGAAUAUUGGGCACCUUAAAACACUUUGUUAUAGAAAGCUUAUUGAACUUAUCUGUCUGCCUGAUUUCAGUGAAAGUAAUGUAAAAAAAAAAUUAUCACAUGAUUCCAAGACAAAGAACCAUGAAGUUGUUGAAGAUUUUUGUAAUGAAAAACCUGAAUGUAGUGCAGUUAUGGAGAAAGUGAAACCAUUAUUUUCACUUUGCUUGAAUAUUAUAGUACAAGUUAGUCAAGAAGCACUUGAUACUUCAAAUUUAGUAGUAGAAAACAAAAUAUUUUUUCAACCCAAUUCAUUAAAAUGCUUAGUGUUUAGUGAGGUCAAAAACAUGUUUUACAAUAGAAUGUGUAAGAAUAACAAUUUUGUGAAAAAAGGAAAAUCAGUAACUGAAAUUGGAAGAGAUUUCAUACCAACUGAAUCUAAACUGGAUAAAGAUGACAUCUCUCAUAAGCUGAAACCAACUUCUUUAUUGUCUCUUAAAUCACUUUGCAUUGAUGUUGUAAAUUAUCACAUCUUUGGUAGGCUGAAACAAAGUUCUCCAAUUUCCCUAAAUUCACUUUGUGUCCAUAUAAUUAAUAAAAUCCUAAUUGGUAACUAUAGUUAUGAGGAAAUUAAUGUUGUAUCACAUAUAGGGUCACCAAAUUUUACUAUUAAUGAUGUUAAUACUGUAUCAGAAGAUGUUUUUUUAAAUAAUACUAGUGAAAACUACAUUGAAGACAAUCAAAUAGAACCAACAUAUUUAGAGGAAGAAGAAAAUAACUUUUCUGAUGACUGUGAAGCAAACUAUGAUAACAGUCUUGCAGGUGAUGAUAAUAAUUGGGUUUCACAAGUACAGAUGCAAGAACUACGAUCUUUUGUAGAGCCUACAAUUACUUCAGACAGAGAAAAGUCACCACAAGCUCCAGAUUUUUUUUCGAACGGCGCAGUUAACAUCAAAGUUGAGCCUGCAGAUGAAUUAUCUGAAAAUAUUGCAGAAUCAUAUGUUAAAUUGGAGCCGCUAGAUGAAGAGGACACUACUUUUAUGCCAUUAGUGACAAUUACCAAGCAAGAAGUUAUAGAGGCUACUGGAUCUUCUAAAGAACCAAAUGUUAGAGAAAAUAGCAAUAGUUAUGAUGAAAACACUUUCGAAGCUUUUGUAAGUUCAAAUAAAAUGAUAAUGUCUUUGAAUAGUUAUGAAACUGACAAUGACGACAUUUUUACUCAAAGCACUUCUAGGGUUCGUAGACAGCAUGAACCUGAUUCUGAUGGUGAAGUUGAAAACUUUGCUGAUAGUUUAAAUUUGUUAGUUCCGCAAAAUAUUGAAACUGCUAAAGAUAGAUUAAUGGCAAGUAGUUCAGAUGAAGAUACUAAUAGAAAAAAGAAACCUGAAAAGCGUGGCAGGGGUAGGCCCAAGCGAAGUACUAAAACGAAUAUUGCCGCUCCAGUCAAAGAAAAUGUCACAUCAAAAAGUGAUUUAGCUGUCUUAACCAGAAAGAUGAGAGAAAAAAUAAGGCAGGUUGAAAAGCAAAAUGAAUCAUCUGAAUCCGAAUUAGAAGACACAGCUUUGAGGGUCACAAAAGACAAAGAAAAAAUUAAAGAUAAACCCCAAAAAAAACAAUCAAAUGUUAAUAUAGACCCAGAAAAAGAAAUUCAAUGUAAUGAUGUAGAUUCUACUGAACAAAUUAAUGAAAAUGAUGCACAGCAAAACGAAAAUGCACACCAUGAAGUCAAUCAAACUGCUGUAAAUUAUGACAGUGAUAAAGCUGCACUAAGUUUUGAUAAAGAACAAAAUCUACAUGAUGAUGAAUAUAGGCAAGUUAUGGAUAUGGAUGAUAUGUCAUAUUCGCCUUUGAUUGAUGCUAAUGAACCCGUUGAAAUGCUGGAAUGUGAGCCAACUUUACCAAUUUUUGACACUUGCGUUGAAAACACCCAUAUAAAAAGAAAGCCAAAGUUGCAAAUCGUUGGUUCAAGACCAGGACCUGCGUGUUCGAAAAGAAAUUAUAUAGCACCGUACAUUGAUCGUCACGACUGGAAUCGUUAUCCAAUUGACACUAAAGAUAAUAAAAUUUACUGUCAUGCUCAAAUAAUGUUACACAAACUGCCAGAGUCAUUCGUACAAACAUAUUUAAAAUACCAAAACCUUUCUAUGCAGUCUAAAGAUGAUUCAGAAGUAGACAAAUUGAUAAAUUUACAAUCAUUACAUCGUAAUCAAUCAAAAGAAAAGGGACAUCUAAAAGUUAAGGACGUUAAAAAUGCAUCCAUUGAUCAUGGUAAAACAAAAUCUUCAGAUGUUGAGUCUGUAACACAAACAAACAUUAAAGUUGAACACUUUGAAGAGCUAUUGCCUUCUGAGGAUGAGGGUGAUAAUACUGAGGAUAUUCAACCCGUGGUGACUUCACAGCCAACCGCCGACAAUUGCUUAGCAAAAGAUUUCCUUAUGAAUGACGAAGCAGAGAGUGAUUCAGAAAAACCUGACGGAGAGAGCAAUAAAUUGGAGAAAUCACCUAAAAAACCUGAGAAUUCCAAUGAAAAUCCACCUACUACUAGAAAGGCUGGGCGUCCUCCAAAAUCGAAAGUUGAAGAGGAUAAAGUAAAACCACACAGUGAGAAUUUAAUGCUCACAGCUGAUAAGAUGAUGACGAUAGAACUUUCAAUGUUGCAUGCACCCGUUGAACUGAAACAGGAGAUACCAGAUAUAAAAGAGGUUGUCACUAGGUCCUCUACAAAAAAUGCUAAUAAAACUAGCCCCAAAACGAAUACAGCUAAAGAACAAAGAGACAAAGAUGAUUCCUCCUCUGAAGAAGAGAAGCAAUGGUUCACGACCAAAGAGAAACUUCUCAAACGAUUGGAAAAGAAACAGGAGUGCCCUAGCGUGGAUGACGCGAAACGUGCUAAGAUCGUCAGCGAGUUCAUAGAGAAACGCAGCGAUGGACCGCAAAUAAGGCUGCGCAGCCGACCGCCUCGCCGCCGCUCUAUGAAGAAGCUGAUGGAAAAACGGAAGCAGAUGAAAAUACUCACAAGGGAGCUGUUGGGAGAUGACGCGGCUCACCCGGGCAAGAAGUCCUAUCAGACGUACGGGAAAGGACGUCGCAAUAUAAGAAAGGUCAUAAACAAGAAAGCAUUGUCGCACAGCACCGUUGUGGCGAAUAUGGAGGAGUUUGAGAGAAAACAAAGACUGAGUCUGCGCCAGACACAACUUAGAGAGAUACUCGGAUGCGAGGAGGGCGUCAACGUGGUGGUGAUCAACGACGAGCUCUGUCUCGAGUACGAUUUUGACGAGCUGAGGCCCGUUGUUACAGUUGACCCGUUCUUUACUAAGGUCAUGAAGGCGCAUCAGUACGAAGGUGUCAAGUUCAUGUGGGACGCGUGCUUCGAGAGCGUGUCCCAAGUGCAAAGCGGUCACGCGGGCGGCGGCUGCAUACUUGCGCACUGCAUGGGACUCGGGAAGACUUUACAAGUGCUGGCGUUACUGCACACGGUAUUAACGCACCCACGCGUGGGCAUGCAGCGAGUUCUUGUUUGCUGCCCGCUGUCCACAGUUCUCAACUGGGUUGACGAAAUCCACAAAUGGAUUGGACCUGUUAAAGAGCAGAUUAAGAACCGAAAAUUUAAAAGGAAACUGCAGGUGUUCGAACUAUCGAAACUCAAGAAAACCUACGAACGCGCAUACCAACUUGAAGACUGGUACAACGGUGGUGGAAUAUUCAUAAUCGGCUACGAACUAUUCAGAAGUCUGUCAACACUAGAUCCCGUGUUAGAUUGCGUGAGGACGACAAUUUUAAACAAAAUCCGAACCGCGUUACUCGAUCCGGGUCCGGACAUAGUGAUAUGCGACGAAGGUCAUUUGCUGAAGAAUGACUGUUCCGUGCUUGCCGUGGCCAUGAGUAGAGUCAAAACAAGGCGAAGGAUUAUCCUUACUGGUACGCCGAUGCAGAAUAAUCUUCGGGAGUACUACUGCAUGGUCAACUUCGUUAAGCCGAGUUUACUUGGCAGCUAUUCGGAAUAUUCUAAUCGGUUCGAAAAUCCGAUUAUGAACGGACAACACAGAGACUCCAUAGAAGAAGACAUUAAACUCAUGAAAGCUAGAACGCACAUCCUUCACAAAGUACUAGAGGGAUGUCUUCAGAGACAAGAGGCUUCCGUCCUCUAUCCGUAUUUACCAAAGAAACAUGAAUACACUGUCUUUGUAUCACUAACAAAGAGUCAAAGGGAACUUUAUACGCACUAUUUGACAAAUUACGCAAAAGAAACUAAACAGAGCGUACUCAAGGACUUCCACGUUCUUCAAAAAAUCUGGACCCAUCCGCAGGUUUUGCACAAUUUUUUCAUGAAAAGUCGGGAUGAAGAAAAGCAACAGAAAAUUAAAGUGGAGAAGGAAGACGACCUAGUUGCAGAGGAUCUAGGAGCUUCGGAGGACACAAAGCCCAGUACAAUGGAGACGUGGUGGCUGCCUUACGUUGCUGAAAGUGAAGUACUGGACGCGCUACACAGCUCCAAUAAGUUCCUGGUCAUCUUCCGACUGCUGGAUGAGUGCAUCGCUCUCGGGGACAAAGUCCUUAUUUUUUCGACUUCCUUAUACACGAUGGACGCUCUAGAGUAUUUCCUACGGCGCAUCAACAACUGGUCGUUGGGCCGGGAGUACUAUCGUCUCGACGGUUCUGUACCAGCUGAGGUGCGACAGAAGUGGUGUCGAGAGUUUAACGCCGAGAGCAACACUGGAACCAAAUUAUUUCUGAUAUCAACACGCGCGGGAUCACUCGGUCUGAACAUGACAGCAGCGAACCGGGUCGUCAUUCUCGAUACCUCGUGGAACCCCGCGCACGACAUCCAGAGUAUAUUCCGCGUGUACAGAUUCGGACAGAAGAAAGACUGUUACAUAUACCGACUCGUGGCCAUGGGUACCAUGGAGCAAAAGAUCUAUGAGCGCUCGGUGACGAAGCAAGCGGUCGCCUGCCGUGUUGUAGACGAACAGCAGAUCGACCGACACUAUAACAUGUCCGAAUUGACCGAGCUUUACAGACUAGACGAGGACGGGGCAGGUGUAGCUGCGGGUCUUGCGGCGGGGGUUCGAGACGCGGCGUUACUGCGAGUCGCUGCCAGUGACACGCCCUGUGGACCUCUGCUAUACGCCGUGCACGAACACGACUCGCUACUGCGCGGCUCUGGCGAAAUUGGCUUGGCGGAGGACGAGCGAGCCGCUGUCUGGAGCCAGUUCCAAGAGGAGCAUGCUAAUAAACAUAUACAGAGUAUUGCAUUAAAACUGCCAAAAAAAGAAUUUGAUCCGAAAAUACCUAAAUCAGAAAAUGCCCAAAAUGACGCCAACAACCAAUCUGUACCUGGUGGAUCUGACACUAAACCUAAAUCCAAAAGAGGAAGAAAACCCCUACAAGCCUGCAAGAACAUGCCAGUUCAACCCUCCACAAGCUCGCAAGACGAGUUAUUUGCAAAGCCAAAGUUAGAAAAGUCGAUGAUCCAAAAAAUAAUGGACAUUUUAAUCCAACACAACUUUCAUACUACCAAUGGGCCCAAAGAAAUCUCCGAACUGAUACAAAAUGUACAAAAAACUGUAUCCAAUCCAAAACGAGGAAGGUUAAGAAAUAUCGAUCCGGUUACCGCAAGUAUCGCUAGAGUUUUGAUAGAAGAAGGAACAAUUAGCAUUCCUCCACCAGCCUUCACUGGUACAAACGUAAACCAAAGCCAAUACUUAGAACCGACAGAAUCAGCAGAAACGAUAGUCGGAACCCCAGCCGAUUAUAACAGUAUAUACUGUGUAGAUCAAAAUCAAGAAACAAACAUACAAUCUGAGUAUUCGAGUAGAAAACGGCGGAGACAACGAAAAGAAGCGGAUACCACCCUGAAUCAAGAACAAACUACGAUUGGUGAAACUCAUUCUACUGAAACGAUAGUUGGAACCCCAGUGGAAAACAGUAUAUACUUCGAGGUACCAAAAAUUCAGGAAACUCAGGAAUCAGUUGACUCUGACAACCCGGAAAGGAAGCGGAGGCGUAAUCGAAGGGAAUCUGAUGAAGAAUAUAUCCCGGACAAACAGAAAAUUAAAAACAUGCCCACGGACAAACUAAAGCAUAAUACAAGAAAGUCAAACGAAUAUAAUUUAAGCUUGGCCUCUGUCAAUAAUGACGAGACAAUAACUUCUGAUUUACCUUCAGUGAGUAUCACACUACCUGACACGGAGGAGUCGCAAGUAACACUAUUGGCUAACCAAAAAAAUCUUAUGAAGAACGAGAAAGAGAAAAAAAGGAAAACAAGUAAAAAAAAAUCUAAACAAGAAAAUUUAUCAUAUAUUGAAAAAGAAACAGCAAGUCAACAAGGGAUAAUUGAAAAGUUAAUAAUAAAACAAACUGUAAAUGAUGAAAGUGAACCCGUGAAUGCUAUUGAAAGUAUUUUACUCAGUGAUGAAGACGAACCGCUGGUAGCUGCACCUGUUACAGCACCAGACGUACAAGCUGCGGCAAGUAGAAUAAAAGUAGUAAAGCAGCAAAGUAAUCAGCAAAACGAUCAAUCGCCGAUACCGCUACAUAAAUCACUGUUAACUAAUAAGAACUUCAUUAAAAUAGUAGCACACACAUAUCUAACUGGGAAACCGCAGUUGGCCGAAGACGCUGCAAUCCUGGCUGCUCAGUACAGCACGUUGAAGGCUUUGAAGGAGUUAGAGGCUACUAACAAGGAUAUCGUUAGUGGUCCUAUAUACGAUAUUGCUGUGCAGGUAUUAGGUAAAGAUUUGCUUAAAAAACUACACAAUGCGAGUGCUCCUAAAAAAGAUAGCGGAACCAUUCGGCCGAGUACUGUACCAGACCAAUCAGAAAAUGAUAAAAAAUCAAACAAAAAUAAAUCCGUUAACGAUUCAGAAGUUGUACCGCAAACUAAGAUAAAAAAGAAACCGCAAAAUCACAUAGAAAGAACAAUAACAUUGAUUGAUGACGAUAUUCUAAAACCUUCAACCAGUUCAAGCGUUCGCAAAUCUAAAAAAGCUGGUCCUAAAAGCGUUGCUGCGCUAGAAGUGGUACCGGUAGAAAUGUUCGAAGUUCCGUCGACAUUGCGAUCAAGAUACCCAUCACAAGACGAGUGCAUUCUACCCGACGAUGACGACGAUUUUAUUGUUAGCGACUCUCCAAACAUUGUGAGUCAGUCUCAAACCCACCGCAAUCAACGCAACUCCCAACCUACUUCAAUAAACCUUAGUUCGAUCAAUACUGAUAGAAUAGCGACUCGGCCUAAAGUUGUGCAAAUUGUUCAAAAGCAGCCAGUCGUCAAUCCGAUACCUCUACCUCCGCCUCCAGUUGUAUUGAAUACAAUUUCAAAACCAUUUUCGAAGGAAUCACAAUGCGGUUCAUCGGUGCAAACAAUCUGUUUAGACAGUGAUGAGGAGGUAGCUCCUGUUGAACCAGUUGAAACGGCUACGCGGAAAGUCCUUAAGUCGACAACUAAGCUACCUCAUUCCUCUUCUAGUAAUACAGCUGAUUCUGAAGCGGUUACUGUUAAACAACAGAGUAAAUUUACCACUUUACUGGAUAAGAAAAAGAAAAUUGUACAAGUUAAUGCUACAAAUUCGGAACCAUCUAAAAAAGCAAAGUCACCAAAUAUCCGAGCGCCAUCACAAAAUAUUUCAGUUACAUCCGACGAAUCGGUCUUUAUUAUCGCACAUAAUGUUUCUGAAGAGGAUGGCCCACUUUCUGUGAUGAAAAGUAAAUGUAUGCCUGGAGAUAUUAUGCGAAUAAAUAAGGAUGGGAUGAUUGAAAUUUUAAACAAAACUGAUACAGCACCUGCCGCGAUAAAUGCCAACAAGCCACAUGCGGUUAACGCAUCCGCGAGCGACAGUUGCGUCGAAAUUUUACCAGAAGAAUCCGUUAAAGAACCCAUAAACCGCGUGAAAACAACGGCGUUGUCCAGCAACAAGAAAACACCUGCGAAUAGCAAACCUAUUUGCAACAAGAAAACACCAGCGACUACCAACAAAACUAUAAACCCCACAAAAGCACCGGCAACUACCCACAAAACUAUAAACCUCACAAAAACGCCGACAUUUGGAAGCUCUAGUUCAAAAUUUAAAGCCACCGAAAACACUUCAUAUGUUAUCGAGUCAACGGAAAGAGCGCGUAAAUCAUAUCCUUCCAGCAACGAUAACUUGAGGUCCGAAUCUCCGGACCCACUUUCGGUUCUCCAGAACGUUGUGCACAUCCCUGCAGACAAGUAUCAAGCCAACAAACAAAUGAACACCAAAGAAUCGUAUUCCCGUCAAAAGUCAUCUACUUUUAUCGUAACUAAAACGGCUGAUAGCAAUAUGGCUAGAGCAUCUAGUGAUUUGGCCGUUAAAAGAGCAGAGGCUCUCUUAAAAUCCUAUGAUUCCACGAAAUCGCAAAACAAGGCCGCCAAGGUAAUUGAUCUGACUGAAGCUUUCGCGGCCGCCAGCGAAGUUCCCCGACCUACACCUACUAAAAAAGGGUCCACAGCACCUAUUAAACUGGUAACCAAUAUUAAAAUUUCCGGGACUUCGAAAGAUAUUUUAAUAAACAACGCUGGCGCAGUCAGUAACGCUAAGAACAAGCCGUCGACCUCGUUUGAUUCUUCAACGAAAUCGAAUGCUAAUCCGAAGAAAAUUCUAGUGAUACCUCCUCAGAAGCCUCCAGCUAAUGACGUCAGUAAACGACCAUCACCUUGGCAGGACAGUAUCCCCAGUAAAAAGAAGAAAUCAGAGGGCAAUAAACUUUCUCUCGCGGACUUUAACAUUGACGACUUGGAUGACAUCAUUGAAUUGGAAUAAGUAAUAUUAAAGUAAUAUUGUUAUAAAACUCUUCCCCGAUUACUUUGAAUGGCAAUGGACGUAAAUCUACAUGAAUCGUCAAAAUUACAUAUUAUGUUUUAUUGUAUUGUGAUACCUAUAAUAAUAUAGUUUCUAUUUUAUUUUGUGAGAAUAUUUUAAGUUUGAUUUUCUCGUGACUGCACUCGAUGAGAGUAUUAAUAUCUUUUAAGUAUAA